AUGGCAGUCGGAAUAUCAACCGCUACCCACCAUGCAAUGGACGAAGAAGCUAGAGCUGAAGUCGAUGUACUGAACUCCCGUCUUGACAAGACCACACAGCUCACCAAGAAGAUCCAAGCUAGCCUUGGACGCCUAGAGCUUUCUGGUCAGAGUGUACACGACGUUGCGGGGCCCCUGAGUGGUGAGACCCGGCGCCUUCAGCUACUUGGGAACAAUGUUGAUGCCAUCCUUACCGCCAUCGAUCGAUUGCGUCAACCUGCCGACAACAAAGACAAUGAGGAGCAAAUAAUCCGCGCCGGGCCCGAAAAGGCCGGAUUAUCAAGUUACCUGGCCUCAUUGAAACGACUGAAUAGGUCCCAUGCAGACAUGCAGGCCUCAAACUUGAGAGCAAAUCAGAGCACCAUAACUGAGCUGACCCGACUUAUCAAUUCGGGCAAUAGCCAACUCGAAAGUUACUUUGAUAAAAUACUACGAAGUGAGACACCUCGAUCUAUUGAGCCUCUCCACUAUAUCACAAAAGACAAGCCUUUUCCUGUCUUGCCCCAGGACAAGAUUGCCCGACUAGGUCUUGUCUACACUUAUCUGGCUGGUGGACAUCAACAGACAGGACUUGACUCACCAGCGUCAAAGAUUUUCGCUGAGAUCCGGGCUCCAUAUGUUUCAUCAUCUCUUAUGAAUCUGGCGGCUGCAAGCGUUAACACAGCGAAGAAGAAGAACCCUGGAGCUAUCUACCGUGCUGGCACAAAUGGCAUAAGUACAUACGCCAGGGCAAUGGAAGCCAUGUUUUUGUCCGAGUACGAUAACAUAUGCAGCGUAUUCAAACGUGAUGAUUGGGGACCGGUAUUCCAGGCCACAUGCCAAGCGGCACUAGCGGAACUUGCGCGCACACUUCGGGAGCUCAAUGCUCAUAUUAAGAUACAUUUAAGUACCGAUUGUUAUUUGGCAUAUGAAAUAACUGAAAUCUUAUCGGCAUUAUCGGGGAACUUGGAGUCGAGGACAGGUGAACUCAGAGGCUCUCUCGCUGCUGCGUUGAAACCUGUACGGGAAACUGCGAAGUCAUCCCUGUCCGAUUUGCUUGAGGAAACCAGAAGAAAGGUGGCUGGACUACAAGCCUUACCGUCCGACGGCGCUGUAGUGCCUCUUGUGUCAGAGAUCAUGCACCGACUUCAGACCAUGGUCGAAUUCCUUCAUCCAAUAUCCAGCAUUAUGAUAUCACUUGGUGAUGGCGGCUGGAGGUUAACUGCAGGAACAAGCGGUGCUUCGGCUGAUGCCAUUCCUAGUCUUGCCUCUUUUGAUAUUGGUGCUGAUGGGGGGGAAAUAUUCGCACACUAUUGCCAGGACACUAUAGAUGCGCUUUUAUCUUCACUGGAUCAAAAGGCAAAGGUGCUACUAAAAAGCAAGGCCGUGGCUGGUGUAUUCGUUGCCAAUUGCGUAGUGACGAUCGAGCGAUUGAUAAAGGAUUCUGAUCUUGGGCCUUUAUUGCAGUCAAAAGUGGAAAUUCUUGACCAGUGGCGUAAGAAGGCCACCUCUGCAUAUACGGAUGUGUGUAGGGACUUGUCGGUUUAUCUUUUUGAUACAAUUCAUACCAACCGCUCAGCACGACCGACCUCUGGCCAGGCUGAUUCCGCAUCGGUGAUUAAGGGACUGAGCAGUAAGGAUAAAGAUAAGAUCAAAGAAAAGUUCGCCCAAUUUAACGCUGCUUUCGAUGACAUGGUUGCGAAACAUAAGUCUUACAAUAUGGAACCGGAGGUGCGAUUGUUGUUCGGAAAGGAUAUCCGGCAGAAGUUACAGCCAUUAUACGAUCGCUUUUGGGAUCGAUAUCACGAGAUUGACAAGGGUAAGGGGAAAUAUGUGAAGUAUGAUAAGUCGUCUAUUGCUGCUGUAUUUUUAAGUCUUACUUCAUGA